AUGCUGGGCAGGCUGGUCGCCAGCCUCUGGACGCCGUCCGCGCAGCGAGAGCCCCUGGAGCGCGAGCAGAUGACCGUGGAGGCGGGUGCACAGCCCGCCCAGCCCAGCACAGCCACCCCCAACAUGGGCGACGAGCAGCAGCAGGAGCUCAUCACGAGUUGCAAGCGCAGAGGCCCCGAAGCCGGCGAUGACAUCUCUCCGGGCAAAAGGCAGCGACUACCGUCUGCUACGGACGUCAGGGGCAGCAGCACUGACUUCCAGAGGCAGCAGGACCAGCGCAAGCAGGCGGUCUCACACCUUCAGGGGACUCCAGAGGCUUGCAGCUCAGGUGAGCAGCAAGAGCAACAGCAGAAGACUGGCGAGAGUGCCAAGGCCAGGGGCCCCCUGGGUCACAUCCUUACGCCAGUGUACUACCUGUGGCAGCAAGGCAGCCACAUCGCCCAGCACUUUGGUACGCCAGGCAGCGGGACAACGCAGCCGCCGCAGCAGCAGCAGCCGCAGCAGCAGCAGCCGCAGCAGCAGCCGCAGCAGCAGCAGCAGCAGCAGCAGCAGCAGCAGCGGCAGCAGCAGCGGCGGCUGCACGGAGACGAUGGCGAGGAUGAACAGCAGCAUGAGGGCCCCCACUCGCAGGCCUGGCAAGUGCAGCGGCUAGACGAGCCCCUCGAUGGUGCUGCUUGUGUCGCGCAGCAGCCGCAGCAGCAGCAGCAUGCAGCAGGCGAGUGCGCCACCAGCACGACCAGCACCGUUACGACCGGCAGCGUGCUGGCCCCUGAGGCCUCAGAUUCGGUCGCUGGCGAUGCCGCCGCAGGCGCGCCCAGCGUGCGCGGGUUUGAGAGCGGCUGUGACAGCGACAUCGAUCCUGCGGGGGAGCUCGCCUGCGCGGGCGUGGCAAUGCCGCCCGCGGCCGCUGCUGAGGUGGAUGAUGAGGAUGACGAGGAGUGGUUUGAUCCCCUGCUCUUUAUAAGCCGCCUGCCACCGGCUGCGCCGCCAGGCGCGCUGCGGCCCGGGACUCUGCUCCCACGGCGUACGCGGGCGUGCAAGCAGAAGACACUGGUGCUGGACCUGGACGAGACGCUGGUGCACAGCACACUCGACGGCGCGCCUGGCUCGGAAGGCGCGCACUUCCACUUCCCAGUCCACUUCAACGGCGCCGAGCACAUGGUGCACGUGCGCAUGCGGCCGCACAUGCGCGACUUCCUGGAGCGGACGUCGGAGCUGUUUGAGGUGGUGGUAUUCACUGCGUCUCAAAAGGUGUACGCCGAGAAGCUGCUCAACAUCCUCGACCCCCACCGGCGGCUGGUGCGGCACCGCAUCUACCGCGACAGCUGCGUGUUUGUCGACGGCAACUAUCUGAAGGACCUGUCGGGCUUGGGCCGCGACCUGGCCCACACUGCAAUCGUCGACAACAGCCCCCAAGCCUUCGGCUUCCAGGUGGACAACGGAAUCCCCAUUGAGUCGUGGUACGACGACGACGCCGACACAGAGCUGCUGCAGCUGCUGCCUCUCCUGAGGAAGCUCGCAGACGCGGACGAUGUUCGCCCGUUGCUGCGCGAGCGGUUCCGCCUGCGAGAGCGCGUGGAGGGCGCGGCGGCGACGUGGCGCAGCCGCAUGGAGCAGGAGGCUGCUGCGUGGCAGCGACAGUGCGUUGGCUCGGUGGCCACAGCACAGCAGCAGCCCGCGCUGCCGAUGCCACCUGCACAGCAAGCACAGCAGCAGUCGCAGCAGGCUGGUAGCGGUAUGAUGCAGCAGGCCCUGCCUCCGUCGAGGCAGUUGAAGGUUGCAGUGGUGGCCGCCGCAACCCACUUAAGUUAG